AUGCCGUCGCGGGAGCGCCAACAAUCGCCCAUCCGCUGGAAGGAGCGCCCGGAACAGCUAGCCAAGCUCGACGUGCCGUUGCUGCAGCUCCCGGCCUACACCGUCAAGAACAUUGUGCGAUUCCUCGAUCCGCCAUCCCUCGUUCAACUCGCCAAAUCCCACGCCAUCCUCAAGAACAUGGUGCGCGGCGCCGAGAAGCACUGGAGCGUGGUGUAUCUGGCCAGCAGAUCUUCUUCUUUGAUGUGCAUCGACCACAACUGCUUCGACGACCCGGCCGACACCGAGCUCCUCUUCUCCAACGCCAAGAUCGACAAAUUGAAGCGGGACGAGCUGGCGCGCCAUCUUCGCCCACUACGCGGCGAACCGUUGUUGCCACAGACCAACUUCUCGUGGCCGCCCUUUCGACCGUGCUGGCUGCUUCGUUGGCCGAAUGUGACGAUCAUGCUCGACUGUGCGCUCGACUACCCGUCCCUCGGCAAUGUUUUUCACCACGUCCACGGCGAGAGGGUGUUCCCGCUGAGCCCGUAUCGACACGGCAACAACAAUCAGAUCCACCGCAACAACCCGAUCGAGUGGACGAAGUUCUACACGACUGAGCAUCUCGAGAAGGCCAUCGACCUUGUCACCGUCGUGUUCUUCAGGGAGACCAUCUUCGACAUCACGGGCCGGCGCUUCGGCCCCUUCUGCCCCAUCCCAGACUCGGACGUGACACUGCUGCUCGACCCCUCAUCCCUCGCCAAUAUUUUGCCCGAAAGCAGCCGAGAAAGCCUCCACCUGAAGAAGCUGGGCAACUACUGCGAAGACGUGCCAUGUCUGAAGGCGGUCCCCGGUCGGUCUGGCUCAUUCGUCGAUGUGCCGCGGAAAUUACACCCCUCCUCGUUCGACGUCACGGGCCAGCGCUUGGGCCCCUUCUGCCCCCUCCCAGACUCGGACGUGACACUGCUGCUCGACCCCUCAUCCCUCGCCAACAUUUCGCCCGAAAGCAACCGAGAAAGCGGCGCACUGAAGCAGUUGGGCAACAAGGACGACAGUGCGCUGUCGUUGGACGCCGUCUUCAGUCAGUUGGGCGCAACCGUCGAUGUGCUACGGAACGGGCACCCCUUCUCGGUAGCCGGCGUCCGAAUCGACACGGAGAAGCUGAUGGAGCCCCCGACCGAAGAUCCAGACCUGCCCGCUCUUUCGUGGCCCGCGUGCGUUGAAGGAACGGAUCAAGGACGGCUCGAUUGCGCGAUCCCCCUCUACCUGACCCUAAUGGCGACGAAUGGAAGAGAGGGAAUUGAAUGGGAAUGGAAGAUUGCCAUGGCAAUGGGACCGUACAACAAGAAGUCGUCGAAGAUGGGAAAGACUGAUAACCUCCGCGUAUUUGAUGGGCAACGCUAUGCAGCGAUUCGCGUUUCCUCGGAGGAUCUCAUAAUCGACAUCGACGAUUUCGAGCUGUUCGCGAAGACGGACGUGCUCAUUUGGGAGCUGCUCAGCCCGCUGCCCACCGACCUGCCCGAACGUCUCGGCAUUACCAAAAUUUCGCUGGCGCAAUUUCAAGAUCUGCCUGCAUAUGUGAUCCACCUCCCCGUCUUCAUCCGAGGGGUGGCCUCUGGGAUAUUGCCUCGUCUACUCAGCUCACAGCUCGAAAAUGUCGCCUUCGGGGCCGUCUGGGCAACAUCGAAAGAAUUUUUGAGCAACCUCAUCGCACUUUGGCGCGGCGGACGCCGCCCCUUCGAACGCUUUGUCAUCAUAGUGCGCGACGCACCGGAUCUCGGCCAGCUUCAAGAGUUUUUGCGCGAUGACUGCAGAGCCGUCCGCCUCGUCGCAGCCACCCCAAUUUGGUGGGUUCCACCAGAAGCCGGCCCCUUCGAUUCCCCGUUGCUCAUGACUUUCCAUUCGCCCAUAAUUCGACUCUUUUUUCUCUCGGCCCCGCAGCCCUUCUAUUAUCGCCAUACCACCCCCCAACGCCCACAUUUUCGU